AGGAAGGCUGUCGUGAACGCGCAUAAGAGGCUUGACGUCACUGAGGCGCCCUGGCUCUCCUGAGCCGCUGGUACUGCUGGCAAAAGAUGGGAAAAAGAUAGACAUCUAUCGAGUAAGCAACAUAAAAUGACGGGUUUUGCAGCCGUAGUCCGAUUGACAGAGGAUUCCGGUUUGACACCGAUUUGAACUGUACCAGACAACGACAAAGAUUGGUGUCAUAAUUAGUAAAACUGGAUUGCUCCUGUUGGAAGAGGAAAGUCUGUCAGCAUUGUCUGUCCCUGAAAGUGGAGAGCAUCGGAUCUCUAUUUUAUUAGCCAUCAUCUCCAGUUUAAGCAGGAUCUCCACCACAUAUUCACACAAUUAGUGAAAGUCAGAAUCACAAAAUCCCCUACAUUCUAUACAGAUACUUGAGUUCAUACCUAUUAUAGCACAAGAUGUACGGUAGUGCCCGUUCUGUUGGCAGAGGGGAUGCCAACCAUAGUAGCGGAAGAGAUGGAGGUGGUACUGGUAAUCAGGGAUCUGGCCGUUCCCCUCGCCUUCCCCGUUCUCCUCGGAUGGGACACCGUCGCACCAACAGCACCGGGGGCAGUGGAGGAGGUCCUGGAGGAGCAGGAGGCAAGACGCUUUCCAUGGAGAACAUCCAGUCCCUCAACGCUGCAUAUGCAACCUCAGGACCAAUGUACCUGAGUGACAAUGAGGUUGCCAUGACAGGUGACCACCUUCCCAAAAGUGGUGUGACAGUGACGACCAUGGGGAGACACAGGGUGACAUAUGGGUCAAGGGGCAGCAGCACUGGAGUUGUGGCCGCGAGCACCCCCAACAUCUCCACCUCAGUGGCUGCCAAUGCUGUGCUGCCAUCAGGCAUGAUGGCAGGUGAUGCUCUAGCUUUUGGGGACCACCACAUGGCCUCCACUGUUCCCCAUUCUCUAAGGCAGGCCAGAGACAACACCAUACUUGACCUGCAGGCCCAACUGAAAGAGAUUCUGCGUGAGAAUGAGAUGUUGCGACGAGAAGUGGAAGUAAAGGAGAGCAAGCUAAGCUCCUCCAUGAAUUCUAUCAAGACUUUCUGGAGCCCAGAAUUAAAAAAGGAGCGAGCUCUCAGGAAAGAUGAGGUUUCUAAGAUCACUGUCUGGAAGGAACAAUACCGUGUGAUUCAAGAUGAAGCACAGCAUCUCCAGAUGACUGUUCAGGCUCUUCAGGAUGAGCUGAGGAUCCAGAGGGACCUGAACCAGCUGCUCCAGCAAGACCCCAGCAUCCAAGGCCGAGACCUGACCCUGACAUCUGAACCUACGGAGGAGAACUACCGGCGGCUACAAGCCGAGCACGAGAGGCAGGCCAAAGAGCUCUUUCUCCUUAGGAAAACCCUGGAGGAGAUGGAGCUGAGGAUUGACACACAGAAGCAAACCCUGGGAGCCAGAGAUGAGUCCAUCAAGAAACUUCUUGAGAUGCUGCAGAGCAAAGGGCCUUCUGCCAAGGCAUCAGAGGAGGACCAGGAGCGGACCAGGAGACUGGCUGAUGCUGAGAUGCACAGGCAUCACCUUGAGAGUUUACUGGACCAGAGAGACCGAGAGAUUAAUGCACUAAGAGAGGAGCUGCACCGUCGAUACGAGGGCACGCCCGAGUCCACUAAAACUAAGGCUCUACAGACUGUCAUCGACAUGAAGGAUGCAAAAAUCAAUUCAAUGGAGCGUGGCCUGAGAGACAUGGAGGAGGAGCUGCUAAUGUUAAAAUCCAACGGACUUCUGAGCUGUGAGGAGCGUCAGGAGGAGAUGAAGCAGAUGGAGGUCUACCGGAGCCACAUGAAAUUCAUGAAGAACAAGAUGGAGCAGGUGAAGCAGGACCUUUCCAGGAAGGACACUGAGCUGCUUGGUUUGCAGACCAAGCUGGAGACGCUCACCAACCAGUUCUCAGACAGCAAGCAGCACAUAGAAGUCCUCAAGGAGUCCCUCACUGCCAAGGAGCAGCGAGCCGCCAUCCUACAGACAGAGGUGGAUGCCUUGCGCCUGCGCUUGGAAGAGAAGGAAGCAACUCUGAAUAAGAAGAGCAAACAGAUACAAGAGAUCUCAGAAGAGAAGGGCACGCUCAACGGGGAGAUCCACGACCUCAAGGACAUGCUGGAGGUUAAGGAGCGCAAAGUGAAUGUGCUACAGAAGAAGAUUGAGAACCUGCAGGAGCAGCUGAGGGACAAGGAGAAGCAGAUGAGCAGUCUGAAGGAAAGAGUAAAGUCUUUGCAGGCAGACACUUCCAACACGGACACUGCUCUCACCACACUGGAGGAGUCUCUUGCAGAAAAGGAGCGCAUCAUUGAGCGUCUAAAAGAGCAGCGAGACAGAGAUGACAGAGAGAAGACGGAAGAGAUUGAGAGUAACAAAAAGGAACUAAAAGAGUUAAAGGAGAGACUGAGCUUACUGCAGGGAGACCUGUCAGACAGAGAGACGUCUCUUUUGGACCUGAAAGAGCAUGCAUCGUCCCUGGCCUCGUCUGGGCUGAAGAAAGACUCCAAACUCAAGAGUAUGGAGAUUGCCUUGGAGCAGAAGAGGGAGGAGCUCUUCAAAGUGGAGAACCAGCUUAAGAGAGCUCAAAAUGCAGCCCUGGAGGCCCAGGCCAACACUGAGGUGGCUGAGCGCAUUAAGAACCUCGAACAGGAAGUGGCCCGCCACAAAGAGGAUUCUGGGAAGGCCCAGGCUGAGGUGGACCGCCUGCUGGAGAUCCUUCGGGAAAUGGAGAAUGAGAAGAAUGACAAGGACAAAAAGAUCAAUGAGCUGGAAAGUUUGGCCUCCAGGCAGACGAAGGACCAGUCGAAGAAGGUGGCGUCUCUAAAACACAAGGAGCAGGUGGAGAAAAGCAGGAAUGCUCGACUCAUGGAUGAGGCCAGGAAGAGGGAGGACAACAUGUCUGAGAGCUCCCAGCAGGUGAAGGACACUCUGCGUCAGAAAUCGGAGCGCAUAGAAGAGCUGGAGGAGGCCCUGAGAGAGAGCGUUCAGAUCACUGCUGAGCGAGAGAUGGUGCUGGCACAGGAGGAGGCUGCCAGGUCACUCCAGGAGAAACAGAAGCACUCACUCAAACCACUGCAUGAGUCCAACCUCGCCCACUUUAAGUGGUCUAAGAUGGAGGAGCUGCUUGGUGCCAUGGAGAAAGUAAAGCAGGAGCUGGAGUCCAUGAGGGCCAAGCUGGCCUCCACCCAGCAGUCUCUUUGUGAGAAAGAGACACACCUCUCAACCCUGCGAGCUGAGCGCAGGAAACACCUGGAGGAGGUGCUGGAGAUGAAGCAGGAGGCGCUGCUGGCUGCUAUUAGCGAGAAGGAUGCCAACAUUGCCCUGCUAGAGUUGUCCUCCUCCAAGAAGAAGAAGACCCAGGAUGAGGUGGCUCUGCUGAAACGGGAGAAGGACAGACUGGUGCAACAGCUCAAACAGCAGACUCAGAACAGAAUGAAACUGAUGGCAGACAACUAUGAGGACGACCAUCUGAAGACUUCCUCGGACCAGACCAAUCACAAACCCUCUCCAGAUCAGAUGAUAACCGCUCUUCUAGCCCUGUCCCAGAACCGCAGUAAGCUCAAGCUCUACAUCGCCCACCUGACAGACCUCUGCCAUGACCGGGACCCCAGCAUCCUCAGCCAGCUCACGGCGCCGUCUCACUACCACCACAGCGACCCUGAAGACUGGGAGGAGGAGCUCCAGAAGAUGAGUGGGGAACAGUUGGAGCGAGAGCUGCAGGUGUGUGAGAAGGAGAGCGGAGAGCUGCAGGAGUACGCCAACUCUGUUCUCCAGCAGAUUGCAGACUACUGCCCCGAUAUCCUGGAGCAGGUUGUCAAUGCCCUGGAGGAGUCAUGCUGACAACUCUGACAUCAGACACAAGCCGGAGCGAAAGCUAGGGCAUUAUCUCAACCUCGUUGAGCUUUUCUUCCUCGCUCCCCUCGUCCACUCUGGAACAAACUUUCAUGACUCCUAAGUGCUUUCCUGUCUCAUGUGUCUCUCUAAUGUCAGGCCUGUAAUAUAUGGAAUUAGGGAUGUACACGAAGUGUCAAAAUGUUGUCCGAUAGGGCACAAAUAUCACAUGACACACUGCGAACUGAGGUCCUCUCAUUUAUCGACAGCUGUGGUAGAUGGUUUGGUCGCAGUGGGAAGAGCUAAAGUACAAAUCUAAUCCUGGGCACACAUUGGGGAACUCACAAAAAUUAGAUUUUUACUAGUAGUAUACUUAAGCAUUGCACAACUGCAAGUCUGGUACAGGUGAGUUGGGAGAAACAGUCUUGGAGUAUACUGCCAACCUUCCUCUCCCUAGACGUCUUCAUUUAACAGCUAGAUAAAGCACAGGUACCUCAUCCACUUCAAUCUCAGUCUUUUACCCCUUAGAUUCCUCUUACAUAUUUUAAAGUUAAAGGGGGUAAAUGUAUUCCUUGCACGGGGCAGAAAAGCACUUUCUGUCUUAAAGAACUGGGGAGCUGCUACAUCCAGAGGGGAGCAGAGAGGAGCUCAGUUCAGUGGGUAAAUCAUGGAGCCAUGAAGAUGCUUAUUUUGUAUUGUAGUCAGUGUUCCCUAACUAGUGAGUUGGAGUCACUUGUUAGAAAUACAACUACUGGUGGCCAAACAUCUAAACACAUAGGAAACGCCACUUUUUAACCAAAUAUAAAUGCAGCAUGUUCUCCAAAUGUUCCCUCUCCUAGCUUGGAGCUGCGGAUCUGCCAUUGUAGCCAGGGUUAGGUAUGUUUAACUGUGCGGUCUGUGGCUGAGUCACUGGCAUGAGAGGGGGAUCAAGACCUGACGUUUGAUGCAGAUCAAAGGCCAGCAUUUAGUUACACUAUGUCCUCAAAUACAAAUGAGGAGAGAGAGAGAGAGAGAGAGAGGGAAAAAAGAAGCUUUUAUUCUCUGUGACGUAUUCAUUUUUAGGUGGUUUUGCACACAAUGUCCACUUGUUUAAGAGGUAUGCAAUGUUUCUUUUCAGAACGUUCUAGUGGCCUUGGAGCAUGCACAGAGAUCAGUACUGGACCUAAUGCAGGGAUAUUUAUUCCUCUGCAAUAUUGGUGCUAAGGCAUGGUGUAAGAAAUGAUGUAAUUCCAUUGAUCAUACAGUCUCAUCCAAAGUUUCUAUAGAUGUUACUUAAAGCCCACCUGAUCUUUAGUUUGUCGACUGAAUUUCUGAAGAAUACAAGUGACACCCCUUUUUCUUGUAUUUUUCAGAUCACUUACAAAUGCAAUGCCUCCUUUUAUUGUCUUUUUUUUUUUUAAUCUUCAGGGUUGAGGUUUUUAAUUGCAUAAGUGCAUCUACAUUUACAGGAAAUUAGUCACUUUUCAGCAGAUUUUGACUUUUUAGAUCGGUUUGUAAAUAACGUGAUAUUUAACACGUACAGUGACUGAAUAAAGGUAACUAAGUGGAAGGUGUUGUGCAUUCUUU